CCCCUCGACCUAUAGCGUCCAGCGCGGGUGCUCGCGCACAGAAGGGGCUGCGGGGACUGACAUGGCGGCAGCGGCGGCGACUGCAGCGGCCAAAGGGAAUGAGGGCGGCGGUGGCCGAGCCGGGGCUGGCAAAGCCAGCGGCGCCACGCGAAAGAAGAAGGGCCCGGGGCCUCUGGCCACAGCGUGUCUGGUCAUCUACAAUGUGGUGAUGACGGCGGGGUGGCUGGUUAUAGCCGUUGGUCUGGUCAGAGCAUACCUGGCUAAGGGGAGCUAUCAUAGCCUUUAUUAUUCAAUUGAGAAACCUUUGAAAUUCUUUCAAACUGGAGCCUUACUGGAGAUUUUAUAUUGUGCUAUAGGAAUUGUUCCAUCUUCUGUUGUCCUGACUUCUUUCCAAGUGAUGUCAAGAGUUUUUCUAAUAUGGGCAGUAACACAUAGUGUCAAAGAGGUGCAGAGUGAAGAUAGUGUCAUUCUAUUUGUUACUGCCUGGACAAUCACAGAAAUUAUCCGUUACUCCUUUUAUACAUUCAGUCUAUUAAACCAUCUGCCUUACCUCAUCAAAUGGGCCAGGUACACACUUUUCAUUGUGCUCUACCCGAUGGGAGUGUCAGGAGAAUUGCUCACAAUAUAUGCCGCUCUGCCAUUUGUCAGACAGACUGGCCUGUACUCCAUCAGUUUACCAAACAAGUACAAUUUCUCCUUUGACUACUAUGCAUUCCUAAUUCUGAUAAUGAUCUCCUACAUUCCAAUUUUCCCCCAGUUAUACUUCCACAUGAUACACCAGAGAAAAAAGGUCCUUUCUUAUACUGAAGAACACAAGAAGUUUGAAUAGUUCCUGCUUUCUGCACCAUCCCAAAUCCCCCAAACCAAACUUUUCAAUGAUCAAAAAAUGCUGCAGACUUUUUGAGUUCCCAAUAUGUUUCAUAGAAAAUAAGUAAGAACUAUUUUUAAAAUAUUUUAAGAAAAAGGAAAAAAACCCACAAAAUCCACUGUCAUAUGAGCCUGGGAUUUUAUAAAAUAAAUAAAUAAAGGCUGUUAUACAGUGUCCUGGCCAGUCCUUUCAGCAUGCUUUUCCAGCCGAGAGCUCCCAGUAUUUAUGAUGGCCCCAAAAAAGGGAUUGGGCGUUUUAUUUCCUCCCGUGUCCUUCAUGUAUAUGAUAAAUAAAGGUCUGUAACACUGAGCCCUUGAGAGUUCCAAUCUGCAUCACAGUUCUAAGUAAUGAAAUUGCACUGACUGACUGCCCAGCCCGUGGCAGAAGUUAAGUUUCAGUCUGCAGUAUGUUUAGCAUUCCCUCCUCAAAGUACUUGACUGCAUGCUGGAAACGUUGUACUUUUGAAACAGCGAACUUUGUCCUCUAGAAUGAUCUGAAGUUCUGGCUGGGCCCUAGCCCUCCUAUCUAGUGAAUGAAUUAUAAAAUGUAUAUGCCUGUGAAGCUUUGGGGUAGUGCCUGUAACCAGAAAACCACUAGAACCCUUCCAUUUGUUUUCCGUUGAGUCACUGCCAGCCACUAAGAAUGGUGCUUGAAUUUAUUAAGUAUGUGUAUAUUGUAAAGAACCUUCUUUGCCUAGAGCUCAGCCCAAUUAUAUUUUAACAAAUGACAAUGCUCAGAGAGGGACAGCUCAAUAGCCAGCACUGCUCUCAGAACACCUCGUGAUGCCAACAUCCAUUCUCAUUUAUGGACUCGAAGUGGGCUUUGUCAGAGAGGAGUAGGGAAUCUGUUAUUAAAGGCACAUAGGCCAUGUUGCUUUAGAAAUGCAGUCAGUAAAACAUUUAUGCACUGUUCUUUUUUGGCUUUUCUGUUUAGAUGUUUUUUCCUAAUUAUAGUCCAGUGUUAAUUCCCACAGAAUUACACGUCCAGUGGCAGCUCAUGUUCUAGGUAGGCAGACUUGAGCCAAAGCAGUAUCAUCUCUGCAUGUGGAAAAGCCACAAAACGCUAUGAUCCUGUGCGUAUUGUCUUAAUUACCAUUGUGUCUUGCUGGGUGUGGUGAUACAUACUCAUAAUCCCAGCUACUCAAGUGACAGGCUUUGGGAGGAUCAUAAUUCAAGGUCAGCCUGAACAACAACAAAAACAUUGAGUAUCCCCCAUUUUAACAAGCUGGGCAUGGUGCAUUCCUGUGAUCCAACUACAAAGGGAGGCAUCACUGUCUGUGGCCAGCUUGAGCAAAAAUAAAAAGGUUGAGGCAUGGCUCAAGUGGCAGAGUACCUACCUAGCAAGCCUGAGAGAGGCCCUGUGUUCAAACCUCAUUACCAUCAAAGGGAAAAAAACAUCAUGUCUUCAUAACAUUUAGCUGUCCGACUACAUUUAAAACACCUCCCAAAAGGGUUGGAUGAAAAUGAAAAGCAUAAGUUUAGGUAUACUAGAUUUUAAACAGGGUGUCUCUAUGGAGUCUUUGUUUUUCUUGGUUGAUCUUGAAGACUUUAAAAAGUCUAGCUUGAUGAGUAAUUGUCAUUUAAAAUAUAAUUGCUAAUACCAGAGGCAAAUCAUAACAAAAAAAAAUUUUUAAUGCUUAUUUUCAUAGAAUCUUGAAAAUAUAAUGCAAAUGUAAUGAAUUAUUUUUAAGUUGAACAUUAAAAUUCUGCUUCAUUAAGUCAGCACUCUUAACUUGGGUGUGUUGAGAUUUGAAUCUGUUCCUGUAUUUGUUACACAAAUAUAUGGGAAAGAUGAUUUCUCGUUCAUUUUCUCCCUUUUUACCCUUCCAAAAUGGUUUCUCCUGUAAAAAUAACUUGGGUUAUAUUAGCCUUAUUCCUUUAUUUGGUUAGUACUGUUUCAGUUCUCAGGUGGUUGGAGAAGAUAGUAUGACAAUUGCAUGUUUUCUAGCAUUGCAGGACUGGGCAUUUUCUUCAGGCCUCUGGAUUGUAAGUGGCCACUUCAUGUAAAACAUUCUCUUGUAGUCAGUAGUGUUGCAUUGAACUGAACGUGGCAAUAAGAACACAACCGCCAACUCACUUUUCAAAAAGUCUGAAUUCCAAGAGUGUUUUUGUGCAUCAACUUUAAAAUACUUAUGUCAGAUAAGUAUGGUGUGUCACUGUGUCCUUCAGUAACCUCCCUAAGCAAUUGGGUUCUUAAAUCUCUAACAUGAAUUAAUUUCUCCUUAAAGUGCAGGUGUUCUUUUAUAAAUUGAGAACAUCCACCUCUCCAGAUGUCACAUCUUACAAGGUGAGAAGGAGGAAGGUGUUUUUCAGUGGGUCUUUUGUCAGGGUAGGUGGUUUAUUUCAGCCACAGUGAGACACCGUCCCCUCUGUGCCCAUUUGAUGGUGUGUCUCAGAUCCCCCAAGGGGCCUUCUUCUGAGAAUCCUUUGAGGUGCACCACAGUGCUUUGUAAACACAAGCUGCUAAUCUGCAUCUUGCUGUGUUCUCUUUGCUAAGCUUGGGAUCACUCAUUUCACAUGUUUCCACCGUGGUUUAUCAAAGGCCCCAUGGAGUCAGCCAUGAAGUAAAGCGCUGUCCUCCCAGACCAGGAAGUUGCUCAGAAGGAAGAUGUAGUGCUAAAGAGGCAAUUGAAAGGUCAUGCCCUCAUUUUUCACUUGUGUUGGCAAUUCGGUUCAAAUAAAAGACUGGCAUUAAUGUGGUCUGACCUGCAAAUUAUCCUCUAUUCUGAGUUUCAGAUAAACUAUUAUAAAACUUCAAAUUCGAUAACACACAACUUGGAAAUUUGGGCAGAAAAUUAGACAAACAUACAUACAGUCAUUUUUGUAUUUUUUCUAUGUCGUGAAAACCAAAAUUGUAAUUUUAUAAAGUCUUUGAUUCACUAAAAUUAUAUAAUUUAAAUGUAUUUUUUGUAUAUUUAGAAAUAAGGAAUUCGAAGACCAUGCUUAACUUUCUAUGCAUGCAUUUGAAAGCUGUUUUUACCUGAUAAUGUUAAUGUAGUAAUAAGUUGUAUUUAUAAAAUACUGAUCUGUGUUGCAUUUCAAAAUAAACUGGUGUGUGCUCUGCCUGGA